AUGGCUAUGGAAAACACGACCGAAGAACUUAACAAAACAGUCAACGACGCGCUAGAAAUGGUCGCAAGAUGGGGCAUGAAACAUAAGCUUCGGUUUGCCCCACAUAAGACACAAGCGACCAUAAUAACUCGCAAACUCAAAUACGCCACGCCAUCGUUCCGAAUGAUGUCGACACAAAUUGCCCUGGACAACAAGCUGAAGCUUCUGGGCCUAACAAUCGACGAAAAUCUGGGGUUCGGACUCCACCUGGAAAAUGCUUCCAUCAAGGCGCUCAACCUAUAUAAGGUGGUGAGCAGAAUGGCUAAAACUCGGUGGGGACUAAAUUCAGAGAUCCUAAAGACUAUAUACUACACGGUGAUUGAGCCUACGAUGCUCUACGCUGCCGGAGCCUGGGGGAAUGUUGCGUGCAGGGUAUAUGCCAGGAAAAAACUAGAUAGGAUCACCAGAGUAUUCGGCAUUAAAAUUGCCAAAGCCCACCGCACAGUAUCCACUGUAUCGGCAGCAAUCCUGGCAGGGAUAAUCCCACUGGACCUCAGGCUGCAGGAGCAACUGGAGCUCUAUGAGGUGAAGAGAGGGAAGCCUCUCCCGGAGAUACCGGAAGGGAAACUGCAGUCUAGGGUCCAUCCGUCGAGCCUCCCGCAUCCGGCUACGAGGAGCCGACCUACCUUUGGCUUCAUAAACACAGAGGAGGACAUAAAUGUAGGGCCGUCCCAAAUAGACACUUGGAGGUGCUACACGGAUGGUAGCAAAAUCCAAGGGAGGGUUGGGGGAGCACUCACUUGGUGGUCCGGGGGUGAGGAACGGGACUGCAAGAGUUUUAGGCUGGCGGACCACUGCUCGGUGUACCAGGCGGAGAUGAUGGCGCUGUAUCAAGCCACAAAAAUGGCGAAGGAUAUGGGCUACCGAACGGCUAUCUACAGCGACUCCAGAUCCUCCCUCCAGGCGGUUAGCGACCCAAGCUCCCAAAACCCCAUUGCCGUUGAAAUCAGGGCUAAUCUAGAGGAGGCCUCAUCUUGGGGAAACCCGAUAAGCCUAUUUUGGAUAAAGGCACACGCUGGCCUAGCGGGUAACGAGAGGGCGGACGAACUGGCCAAGGCGGCGGCCCUUGACCUGGGGAACGCUCCGGUCUACAGCAGGUUCCCUCUCUCUUUCGCAAAAAGAUCAAUACGAGCCAGAACUAUCGAAAGAUGGCAAAGCCGAUACCAGGAAACCGACAGAGCCUCGGGCACGAAGUUAUUUUUCAAGGACGUCCGAGCAGCGAAGAAAAUAAUAGAAAGACUGGGAAACAGGAAUACAGUAGCUCAGCUACUGACAGGACAUGGGGGCUUCAAGCAAUAUCUCCAUAAGUACAAGCUGAGAGACGACCCCCAUUGCUCCUGUGACGGGCAGACUGUGGAAACUAUAACCCACAUAAUCACAGAAUGCCCAAGGUUUGGCCUGGAGCGGUAUAACUGUGAAUGCGAGAUAGGGACCAACAUCAUGGAAGACAACUUUGUGAGGCUGCUGGAGGAUGACAGGGCCCGAAAACAGUUCGUUGCCUUCGCAGAAAAUGUGAUAAGGAGAGCGGCGAGACAAAACGGCGCCACGGCAGUUUAA